GCGAGCAUAUCAGAAGUCUUUUUACAUGUAAUGACUUCUCCAACACUUGUAUCCAAUCUUCAGUCCACCAUUAAAAACACAAGCAAAACACUAGUCAAUUUAAAACGUGAUAUAAAGCCGCAAUCAAGAAAGAAGCUACAUAAUUUGAUUUUAUCGUUGACUAAAAAUCUUCUCUGUCAACUAAGUGCAUUUUUUAUAUGGCGUCAAGUUAAUAUCUCAGUAAAUCCUCAAUUAAUUGGGAAUAGUAAUUUUUAUCCAAUGGUGUAUCGAAUGAAUCAUUUAGUUAUCUGACUAAUAAACAGCUUUAUCAUACCAAAAAUGGACGCCCUAAAGCUAUGCUCAUAACGGAUGAUGUUGAUGGCGAAUUUUUCAAUGAUCGUCAACAGUCUGAACAGAAAAAAGAAGUGAAAAGUUCCAUCGAUUGUUUAGAUGCUAUAGUCGUUGGGCUUAUCGCUAUACACAAUCCUCCACCACGUAAAACAAUUGGAGCCUAUAAUUCAAAUGUAAUCAGUAACAAUACAACUGUUAAUUCAUCUUUAUCUAGUUCAUCAUCUCCUAAUCAAACCAAUCCUAAUACAUCGUCAACAAGAACAGAUGGCUAUUAUUGUGUACGUCUUGGUUUAGUGUACGCUGGACGACCACUAAGCAAGGUAUAUCCCAGUGCAUUGACUACUCAUCAUGACAAUAUAAAUGAUAAUCAUUAUAGAUCAUCACCUUAUAAAAAUCACGCGAAGGAAAUUUCUUGGACUAGCAAUCAUUUAUCACGUGACAGUCAAAAUAAAUGCACUAGAGAUUAUUUCAUCAGUGAUCCUGGUCGUUAUCAGACAAUUCAAUCCGGUUUUCCUAAAGUUUUACAAUUUGACCAGUGGUUUAAAUUUCCAAGUUUCACUAUUAGUCAACUUCCACGAGAAGCAAUGUUAGCUAUUAGUUUAUUUUGGUGUAAGAAAUUGAAUACGGACAAUUCUGAUGUUGACGGGACGUUAAUCGGUUGGGUGAAUUUACCUUUAUUCGAUAUAAAUGGUCGAUUAAAGCAAAACACAAUCAUUGUUGGUCUUUGGCCACCAUCUGAAUUAAUGCAUGAAUAUCGGCCUACAUGGUCCCAAUCAAAUAGUUCACCAGGAUGUCCAGUUGUACAGCUUUGUUUUCCUGAAUAUCAAUAUGAAAUUGAAUUCCCAGUCAUUAUCCAAUCAGAAAGUGAAUUGGAGAACUCUAAUGAAAUACAAGGUUCAUCGUUUCAUUCACUUUGUUCCAAUGCAAAACAGUCGAUAAAUGAAGCUAAAUCUGCUAUUUUCAUGCAAAUAUUAAAUCCAGAAUUAUCAUUUAAAUCUGUUGAUGGAUGUUUAAUGGCUUAUAGUGCAGCAUCAUCAUCAGUGCAUCUAUCUAAACGACAAGAACGUGUCCCAAUCCCUGUCUUACAUUUAGCUGUACUCAAUUCUAUGAAUUCAUCUUUUAAUCAGUACAACGGAAAUGUGAUUGGGAAUAGUAGUUGUAACAGUGGUAUCAGCGGUAGUGUUAGUGGAUCAAGUGGCCAUCUUGGCAACAACUCUAAUUCCAGUAAUAAUAAUAAUAAUCAUAAUAAUAAUAACACUAAUAGUUGCAAUAGUAGUAAUAAUAGUAUUAGUAAUAAUUUAACAACAUGUAAUAUCAAUUCAGUCGCUUGUUAUCUACCAUGUCCACCUGCAAUCGCUAUUGAAGUUUUAUGGAAUUUACGUUAUUCUAUAUGUGAUAUACCUGAUGCUAUGAUUGCAUUUGUUAUCAGUUGUCUAGUUAGUUGGCCACAAGCAACAAGACAGAAUUUAAAAAGUUAUACAGAUAAAUGGUGUUGGCAGAAAUUACUGAAAGAAAUAUACAGUCUUUUAGCAGUCACUCCAGUACCUUAUCCUGGUCUCAUUCUACGUCUACUUUCAUCGGAUGUUGCAGAUCAAGGUAUACGUCAUUGGGCUACUAGAGCAUUGUCAUUACUGUCAUCAGAUAAUCUUCUUUUAUAUCUUCCUCAAAUAAUUGAGGCUGUAAACCAUGAUUUAUACCUUGAUUAUUCUGGUUUAGUAAGUUUACUCUUAUAUAGAGCUGCAUUUUCAAUGCGAUUCGCCAAUUCUUUAUAUUGGUAUCUUUAUCCAAUGCUACAUCAUCCUCAACCAUUAUCUGAAUGGAAAUUACAACGUUUUCGUUUUAUUCAAGCCGCUCUAUAUUGGAAUGCAAAUUCUAGACUACAUGCUAUGUGGAAACGUCAAGAGGAAAUGAUUAAUCAUUUGUCUGUAACUGCAACAAAAGUCAAACAGGCUCGACCAAACGCUUCAGUUCGUGAAAAUAUUCUUUAUACGCAUCUAAAACGGUUUAUGUCUGAACUUUCUAAAAGCUACCAUGAUAUAUCGUCAUCAUCAUCGCACAUUGAAACAACAGAUAAAAACAUUUCAAUGUUACGAUCCAAUUCUUGGGCAGAUGAUCAGUUGAUCAGUGAUUUCUCCAAACUAGAUUCAGAAUGGUCAAGAAACAAAUCUGCCGAUAAUAUUCUAAGUGAAUAUCAACUAUCUCAAUAUGAUCUUGGUUUGAGAAUGCCAUAUAACCCUGGACUAAUAACUCAUAGACUUGACAUUACUGCUUGUUCUUACUUUACAUCAUUCACUUGUCCAUUGAGACUUGUAUUUCAUGCAUUGGAUGCCGGUACUGAACCAUUUAUGGUUAUGUUUAAGGUUGGUGAUGAUUUACGCCUGGAUAGUUUAAUCUGUCAGCUGACUUUUCUUAUGGAUCGAAUAUGGUUAGAUGCUGGAUUAGAUUUACGCAUGAUUCAUUUUCGUAUUCUGCCAACCGAAGAACAAAAAGGUUUUAUUGAAUUGGUUUCAGAAUGUAGUACACUUCGACAGAUUCAACAACAAGGUGGUGGUUUAACUGGACCUUUCAAAGAAGGUGUUAUCACGAAAUGGUUGCAAUCACAAAAUAUUACUGAAUUGGAUUAUAAACGAGCUUUAGAUAAUUUUCUACGUUCAUUAGCUGGAUGCUGUGUAGCAACGUAUAUACUCGGUGUCGGUGAUCGGCAUAAUGACAAUAUUAUGAUACGUUAUUCUGGCCAUGUAUUUCAUGUUGAUUUUUCUAAGGUAUUUGGAAAUAGCCAGACAUUUGCUGGUAUUAAAAGAGAUCGUGUACCUUUCGUGUUGACACAAGAUAUGUUACACGUGUUAAAUACCUAUUCUAAAGAUGUAACAAAUUUACCGUAUGGUGUAAAUAAUUCAUCGGGAUUUGGUUAUACACCAGGUCAUGGGUCUAGUCAUUCACAACAAGGUGUACAAAUCUUUAUUGACAGAUGUUGUGAAGCUUAUAAUUUACUAAGACAUCGUUCAUAUCAACUGAUUUCAUUGCUUGAAUUAAGUUUAUCAAUGAAUAUACCAGGAUUGAAUCGUGACUGUAUUCGAUUUGUUUUAAGAGCACUACGAUUAGAAUUGAAUGAUCAAGAAGCGAGUCAAUAUUUUACUGAAUUAGUUCGUAAGACUUUACACUCAAAAUCUUCUAGUCUGAACUUUUUUGUACAUGGAUUGGCUCAAGUUAAACAAGCUUCUCAUGGUGGAGGUGUUUCUGGCACAAAUACAAAUGCAUCUGACAUUAAUUCCCCUCCAAUCAUUAACAAUCAAUUUGAUAAUCAUUGGAAUACAGAUAAUAUGAAUAGUAACAAUAAUAAAAGAGUUAACAACAAUAAUUCAAACAUUAGUGGUAAAUUGGUUAAUGAUUCAAAGACUCGAUCCCCUCCGACUAUAAGUAAUUCCCUUUCAAAUUACAAUGGAACUGGACAAAUAUUUAGUUUUAACCCGAAACGCUUCACAAAUGACUCAGAUGGAACUAUUGAUGCGAUUGUGGUGGAAAUUGCGGUGAAAAAGAAAACCGAUGAUAAACAUUCCGAUUAUUACUUCCCAAUGAAUGUUUGGCGGGAAAAUUGUCGAGUUCCAACUAGAGUUUAUCGUCGUGUUUCAGAUUUAGAAGAAUUAGAAACGCGAUUGCAAGAACGUUUUCCAAAUUCAGCUGUUACUAAAACUGUGUCGCAUAUCAUGAAUGCUUUAAAUUCAAUAAGUAUCAGUUCCAUACGAUCUCAAGAUCAUGUGCAAUCUUUAACAGACAGCUUACUUUCAGAUGAUGAUAUUGUGUCCAAAAGUGCAAUCGUAUAUACUUUUUUUCACAGUGUAUUGUUCGAUGAAAGAUUUACUGCUGAAGACAUGCCAUCACAAGUACAUCCCCGGAUCGAAUGAGCCACCAGAUGUGUAUAUAAAAGUUUAUUUACUUUCUGGCCGACGUCGUAAAACAACUAAACAUAAAACAAACAUUGUUCGACGCUCUAGCUUUCCAUCAUUCAAUAUCACAUUUUCCUAUGACCUCAUUCCAAAUGAUAUACAGUGUGGUUUUAUUGAAGUUUCUGCUUGGCAUUCUGUUCAUAUUGGUGAAAAUAUACCAUUUGGACAAAUCUACAUUCAACUGAAAUCAAUUCGUCCAGGACAUGUAUACUCAAACUGGUAUAUACUAUGCUCAGAUCCAGCGUGUUUAAGUUAAUUCCUUUACGGAUAAAAUACUAAGCCUUACAUUCUGCCCACCGCUUUCAAUUUAUUUAUUCUUAAUACACAUAAACUAGUUCCGUCGUUGGAACGAAGUAUACAUCCUAAACUUCUUAUUUCUACUCCAUUACCUACGAAUUUAAUUUGUGACUCGUUUAUUCCAACUACACAUGUAUUAUUUAUGCAUUAAGAUCAUUCCAGCUAUUUAAUUGUCUUCUCACUAUUAUAUUUUUAUUGCUUCAAUGAAAUUCCCUACACUAACAAAUCCCAUAUUAUAGAUCCACUGAACAAUCAGCCAUCUCAUCUAUUGACACGCGGAACGAAGCAGUGUGACUUCUUACGGAGCUGCUUAACAUAUCGAAAACUUUAAAAUCCCUCUUUUUUCAAAUGAGUAGAAUACAUACAUCUAUACUUAUACUUAUGUAGUCACCUGUUUUUAGAUAGAAAAUAAAGUAAGCUUCCGUAAUCAUUCUCUCUUACUCAUAUGCUCACAUUUCGGCAUGUUAUAGAUUCUAUUGUAUUCUUCUCAUUUCUUUCCAUUACCAAGAAGCAGUCAGAAAUAAUAAAAAAACUAAUCUGACUUGUAAGCAACGCUUGCAUUUCCUUUGUCCUAUUUCGAUAAACCUCUAUUGUGUAAUAAUUUUAUUUUCAUGUAUUGUUUUACAAUGGUCAAAAUCGACGUGUCGGAAUACUUCUUUUGUAUGAUAUGAGUCUAAUAAAUAAAAUGGAAUUUGUAUUUGUGCUUGUAAUCACUGGAGUAUACAUAUACACUAAUGUACUGUUGAUUUCCUUUUAUAUUGAUCUUUUUUUAUUGUUGUGAUUGUUUUCUCUUAUGAUUUGUGUAUACUUGGUUGUGUAAAAUAAUGUCUUUCCUGUAUGUAUAUAGAAUAAUAACUGUUUAUUAUAGUCUACAUAAUAUUUUUUAAUAUUUUUGAAAUGAUUUUUAAUGUGAUUAAUAUCCAUAUACUCAUUCGUUUCUUCCUUUUUUGGUAAAGAUUUUUAUUAUGAAAAUGAAUAAAGUGAUUGUAUUUAUAAACU